CCCCUGUUUUUAACCUACAAAUAUAUACUCCUUUUUUUUUAAAAAAAAAAAACUUCGUAACCGUUGUUACAUAUUCGCCAAAAAACACGCAUGGUAUAUAUAAUAAUAUAAUAAUAAUAUCAUACGUAUUAUUUUUAUAUAUUUAUAUGUAUAUAAAACGUCGAAUAACAUAGAGAAGUUGAGGGAUCUGAAAGCCUCUCCCUUUUUGAGGAGGCAGUGAAGAGGCUGAUCCCGGGUUGUGAAAUUGAGCGGCGGAUUGGAUAAAAAGGGGAUUUUUUUUUUCUUUUUUGAAUUGGGUUUUGUUUUUUAUUUUUUGUGAUUUGUUCGUGGGGGCUUUCCCAAUUCUGUGAGAUAGUUUGAUCUUAUUGUAGUAGGUUUUGAUUAUAGAGAGUUUGAUUGGAAUUUGUGGCCGUUUUUUGGCGAUCUCAAUAAACCCAACAUUGUAGAAAAUCUCUGCUGCGUUAAUCCCAGCAUAGAAUUUGUUGUGUUUCUAUUAAGCUCUGGUACAGUUGUGGGUUGAUCCCCACAUUUGAGGAAAGAGUUAAGGUAAAAUAAACAAAAAAGUGAGAAACAAAAAGGGAAAAGAGAAAAGAGAAUGGGGGUUAUGUCCAGGAAAGUAUUGCCGGCCUGCGGCAAUCUGUGCAUAUUCUGCCCGUCUCUGCGAGCGCGGUCGCGGCAGCCCGUCAAGCGCUACAAGAAGCUCCUCGCGGACAUUUUCCCCAAAUCUCAGGAUGGAGAACCGAACGAAAGGAUGAUUAGCAAGCUUUGCGAAUAUGCUUCCAAGAAUCCCAUGCGAAUACCGAAGAUUACAGAGUACCUAGAACAGAGAUGUUAUAAAGAAUUGCGGAACGAGCACUUUUCAGUGGCAAAAGUUGUACCAUGUAUUUACAGGAAGCUGCUGUCUUCAUGUAAGGAGCAGAUGCCAUUGUUGGCGAUGAGCUCAUUGUGCAUAGUACGAACUCUACUUGAUCAAACACGAGAAGAUGAGAUGUGUAUUCUUGGUUGUCUUUUGCUAGUCGACUUCCUUAACAGCCAGGUCGACAGCACAUACAUGUUUAACGUGGAAAGCUUAAUACCAAAAAUUUGUCAACUUGGUCAAGAAGUAGGAAGAGAUGAAAAGGGACUCUGUCUACGUUCGGCAGCAUUGCAAGCUUUGGCUUCGAUGGUGCAAUUCAUGGGCGACUACUCUCAUAUAUCAGUGGACUUUGAUAAUAUUGUCUCUGUGAUCUUGGAUAACUAUGAGCCCUAUCAAGUGGUCUUAGAGAAUGGAACGCAUGAUAUGGGUUACACUGAGAUCCAAAACUACUCAAUGAAGGAAGUUGUGAGAAUUGAUGGCCGCGAUUCCACGAUGGUUGGCUCGAAAAAUCCUUCGUACUGGUCAAGAAUCUGUUUGCAGAAUAUGGCCAAAAUCGCCAAGGAGGCAACCACUGUGCGGCGUGUUUUAGAACCUCUGUGCCGCUACUUUGAUAGUGGAAAUUGUUGGUCUCUUGAUGGUGGGAUUGCAUGUUCCGUUUUAUCUGAGAUUCAGGUUUUGAUGGAGAAGUCAGGACAAAAUAGCCAUUUGUUGUUAUCUAUCAUGAUUAAGCACCUAAAUCACAAGAAUGUGUCCAAGCACCCUAUCAUGCAGAUCAAUAUUUUGAAGGUUGCAACCCAUCUUGCAUGCAACUCAAAGCUGCAAGCUUCUGCAGCUAUAAUUACUGCAAUAAGUGACUCGAUGAGGCAUUUGCGCAAAUGCAUGCAAUGUUCCAUAGAAGCAUCAAAUCUCGAGGGCGAUAUCAAUAAGUCAAACUCUGCUCUUCACUCUGCCUUAGAGGAGUGCCUUGUGCAACUAACAAAAAAGGUAGGUGAUGUUGGACCUGUUCUUGAUAUGAUGGCUGUCAUGCUUGAGAAUAUUUCUCCUAAUGCUAUUGUAGCCAGAGCAACAAUCUCAUCGAUUUAUCGUACUGCACAAAUUGCUAUUUCCGUGCCUAACUUAUCAUAUAGCAAGAAGGCUUUUCCGGAAGCUCUAUUGCACCAGCUUCUUUUAGCAAUGGCACACCCAGACCACAAAACGAGAGUCGGUUCUCAUCGUAUUCUAUCCGCCAUUCUUAUGCCUGCUAGUGUUAGUCCUUGGUCGAUAGCAAAUUUCCCAAUAGGGUUGAAGGACUAUAAUACUCGGGAGACACUUGUGGUAGCUCUCACAGCUUUCUCGUCUUCUGCAAGCCUAAAAGAGAAGCUAAGGCAAAACAGUUUCAUGCACAGUGAGAGCUUAAAAUUAAAUGAGAGACCGGAUGCUGCAGUAGAAGCUGUAGAGGAGAAUGGGUGCCCACAUAAAAAUGGAGAUCUACAAAACACAAACUGCCAGUCUCAUGAUAGCCAUCAUAACGCGGAAAGUUGUGGCUUUAUGCGAUUGAGUAGUCACCAAGUGGGUCUCCUACUUUCAUCAAUUUGGACCCAAGCAUUAUCAGAAGAUAAUACACCUGAAAAUUACGAGGCAAUGGCACACAGUUACAACCUUGCUUUGUUGUUUUCGCGAGCAAAAAACUCCAGCCAUGUAGCUCUUGUUCGAUGUUUUCAGUUGGCGUUUUCUCUCAGGAGUAUGUCUCUCGACCGUGAUAACUUAUUGCAGCCAUCUCGUAAAAGGUCCCUGUAUACCUUGGCAUCAUCGAUGCUUAUAUUUUCAGCAAAAGCCAGUGAUCUUCCUCAGAUUGUUUCCUCUAUUAAAGCAACAAUGACAGAGAACAUGCUCGAUCCUCAUCUGAACCUAAUCGACGACAGCAGGCUGCAUGCUACUUCCGUUGAAUCUUCUGGCAAUAAGAUUGUUUACGGUUCUGAGGAAGAUGAGCUCGCGGCAUCGAGCUUCCUUGCGACACUAGUUAACGAUGAUAAGCAACUAAAAGAAUUUGUGAUAUCACUCUUGAUGGAGAAGUAUGAAAAAUUACCAGAGGAAAAGUUGAAUGGCAUAAAAGAGCAACUCCUUCAGGAGUUCUCCCCGGAUGAUGCAUUUCCUCUUGGUGCUCCGAUGUUUAUGGAUACGCCGCACCCUUCCAUACCAUCACAAAAAGAGAGUCGGCUUUUUGAUGAGGAUAUGUUUCCUGCACUUAUAGAAGAUGAAGAUCCUUUCAUAGAAGGUACCGGAAGUCAAUCUGAUCAGAAAAUAUCAGAAUCAAUAAAUUCACUCGAUGUUCUGAGUGUCAAUCAAUUGAUCGAAUCGGUUCUCGAAUCAGCACGACAAGUCGCAAACUUGCCGGUCUCCGCUCACCCCGUCCCGUACGACCAGAUGAAAAGCCAGUGCGAGGCUCUCGUGAUGGGGAAGCAGCAGAAGAUGUCAGUUCUUCUGAGCUUCAAGCAUCGGCAAGGGAGCUCGAAAGAUUCGACAGAAGAUGCGUCGAUCGACGCACUCAACCCUAACGAGCAGGCGCUGUGCCAUUCCGAGGCGGAUUCAAAAUCGGUCGGGAAGGAUCGCAUACGACGCUGCGACUCGCUGUCGAGCGAGUCCGAGCAAUCGUUCCGGCUACCGCCUUCGAGCCCGUAUGACAAGUUCCUGAAAGCUGCAGGAUGGUAAAUAAAUAUACAAGCUCAUGGCAGCAGCAAAUGGUACAUGAUGUAACUAGCCUGCAUAUCAUUUCUUUGUUCUUUUUUUUUUUUCUUUUUUUCUUUUUUUUUUUUCACUCUCCUUUCUAUUCUUUUAUAUGUACAAGUUAAAAGUCACAAAUUUGUUGUUUAGAGGUGCUUGAGAGGUAUUUUGGGAAUGCAAAAGCAGAGGUGCAAAUUGUAAUUUUUAUUGUGAUUGAAAAGAAGAUCAAUGUUUGCAUUUCAUCAACAGCUUCUCUAUCUGCAAUAAAGAUACAAUUUUGAAUA